AGUAACACAGUAACAUUGCUUAUCUUUAGCAGAUUUAUAAUGUUUAACUAUAAAAGAUUAGAAUUGACAGAGAUUGUCUAUGAAAGUAUGAGAGAGACUGAAUUUCAGGGAAUGAAUACAGACGGAUUGAAGAAGAUGCAGGAGAUCUUUGACAGUGUGACAUAUCGUCACUUCAGGACAGAUACUGAUAGCAGUACCAUCAGACAAUAUCCACGGCAGUGCACAGGAAGUUCAUCUGAGAGGAUCAGAUGCUACAGAUCAGUUACAUUAUGUUUGAUGCUGAUGUUUGUUCUAAUACUGACAGCGGUUAUGAUGCUGUGGGUCCUGAUCAAUGCAAACCGCCACCAGUGUAACAACCAAACAACCACAGAAGACAGAGACUGGCUACUAAACAAGGAUACCAAUCUUUCAAAAGAGAGAGAUCUGCUACUAACCAACGACACCAACCUCACAGAAGAGAGAGAACUGCUCCUAUUCAAUGAUACCAACUUCACAAAAGCAAUAGAGGAAUUGAUAUUUGGGAAUAUAAAUCUGUCCUAUGAUAGAGAUAAGCUGAUAGGUCAAAUGAAGAAUCUUCAGAUGUAUCUUGGUAAAGUGGAUGGCUGGAUUUACUUUCGAUUCAGUUUUUACUACAUUUCCAAUGAAUGGAAGAGCUGGGAUGACAGCAGAAGAUACUGUAGAGACAGAGGAGCAGAUCUGAUCAUCAUUGACAACAAAGAGGAACAAGGUUUUAUUCAGAAAAUGUCUGAUGGAAGAUCUCUCUGGAUUGGUUUGUCAGACAGUGAUGAGGAGGGAAGAUGGAAAUGGGUUGAUGGCAGCGCACUGACCUCUGGGUCAUGGUGGUCUGGAGAACCCAACGGCGGGAAAAAAGAUAACUGUGUUAUUUCUUAUAAAUCAGUCUGGUAUGAUUAUCCAUGUACUACACUUUACGGAUUUAUCUGUGAGAAGAGGGCAUUAAAAGUGUUCAUUGAUUUGUUUAAACAGUAAACUGUGAACACAUACAAAAACCUUAUCCUUGUCUUAUGGCUAGUCCAGUAUUUUCCUCUUACCUUCAUCUAAAAGCACAUGUAUUGCAAAAAUACAGCU